UCUGCUAGUAUUGCGAAAGUUUGACAACAAUUUCGAAAUUUCCAUUGUCAAGCUUAAUUCGAAAAAUGUACAAAGCAAAAAUUCCAGACAGUAAUCUUUAUUUAUAUACCAGUAACGUAACAAAUGAAUCUAAACAUGCCAGUCGAUGGAAAAAUGAACAAACAAGAGAAAAGCGAUGUUUAUAUGUUGGUGGCUGAUAAUCAUAAUCAUGAUAAUGACAAGCGGAGGCAGAGUGGUGUCUGUGAUUAUCGUCGAAAAACGUCCCGCAAGCGAUUAACAUUAAUUUAUUUGCCAGACGAUGUCCUUCUUCUAAUAUACAGCUAUCUUGAUGUACAGUCUCUUGGUCGAUUAUGUCAAGCCUGCUCUCGUUUCCGAAAUCUUACUUCAUUAGAUACCGUGUGGUUACCACACAGUAAAAAUGUUUUCAUAAUAAGAGAUCUGAACAGAAAUGGACAAUCCUUAAGCUUGAAGGAGCAAUGUCGAGUUGCCAAGAAUUGGAAUAAGAAGAAAAGUCAUGAAGUUACCCUACUUCGUAACUCUUCACGGUUAAUGCCAUGGAUGCAGUAUGAAAAGCAGACAAUUUGGAUUUCAACACAAAAUGUCAUCCGCUGCUUCAGACUGAAACAAAAUGGCUAUCUGGCUGAAAACUCACAGCACAGACUUGAAGGCUUUCGAGAUGAUGUUAGUCGGUUUGUCAUCAAAAAAGAUCUCCUUGUUGCUGGAUGCAGAGACGGCAGUAUUGGAGGGUGGUCAACAUCAACCGGGUCCAUGUUGUUCCACUUCCUGAAGGUACACACAGGCGACACUCAGUGUGUGGAUCUCCUGGGUGAUCUGCUCAUCUCCGGCUCCAGGGAUUGUCAUGUGAAGAUAACAUCUCUGUCAUGCAAUAACAGCUUCAGUAAACCACGGAAGACUCUCCAAAUCCAUGACCGAGUGUGGAGUCUCGGUGUGUCACCUGAUGGCACAGUGCUGGCCGUGGGGUCAGCAGGAUGUGGAGGGAUACCACCUUUAGCCAUCUGGGACCUCAACAGCUGUGAGAUGGCGUUACAGCUUGGUACCAACCACAAGCGUGGCGCUGGGGUCCUCGACAUGACGUUUACCUCGCCAAACACGUUGCUCACGUGUGGCUACGAUUCGUAUCUCAGGCUUUGGGAUGUACGCACAGCUUCAUGUGUAGCAGAAUGGGAGGAACCGUAUGACACAGCUCUGUACUGUGUUCAGACAGACGACCAGUAUGCUGUGAUGACAGGAACAGCCCGGUAUGGGAUGACGCGACUAUGGGACAUGCGACAGUCACAGCCAAUUCAGGUUUACUACUCAGGAAGACGAAGCAGUCCUGUGUAUGCACUUGCGUUCAACUCGUGUCGUUUUUAUGUAGCUCUCGAUGUCAGUAUCAACAUGAUAGACUUUACUGGCUUCAAGUGAUUCUUCUACUUCACAAUAGGCUGUCCAUUUUGACAUAUAUGAACUUUAAGACCUGCUUUUGUUUAAAGUGGAUCUUAGAUAUGUCUGUUGACGGACAGAAAGAUUUUACUAAUGGGAGAAAAAGGGACAUUAAAUAUUUUGCUCAGAUAUGAGCAACGGAUGUAUCUUGGCUAUUAGCUGGGCUUUUUUGUUGUCUUUUUAUUAUUUAUUAUAAAAUGGUUGAAAUAUUCACAGAAUGUAUAUUUUUAGCAUCUGAGAGCUCAUGACCCCUCUCCCAUCAUAAGUUUAUAUAUAUUUUUAAUACCUAUAGAUUGAGAGAACCAAAUAAGGGAAUGCGAUAUUGUAGACCAAAUUUCAUUCACUACUAGCAUAGAAAUGUCUGUAUAUAAUUGAAAGAUGUAAUGCCUGAAUGGAUGCCAGUAAUGUGGUACUGAGUGGGAGUAACACGGUUAACUUCCUGACGCCAUGCACAUCAUCUAGAAUAUUUAUCAAAUGUACUAGCCAUGGGAUCAGUGAUUUAAAAACUUUACUAACUACAAUUAAAAAUUCACUAGCCCUACUUUACUUUAAGUUAAUAUAAUUUUACUAAAUAGUAGUAAAAAUCGCAUGUCACCUAAAGAGAGAGAUAGCUUAAACUACUAAUAUUGUGUGGUGAUUUGGAGGCAAGAUAUUCAUAUUUACAAAAUAGCUAAGGUGUGUGCCCAGGACAGUGUGCUUGAACCUUGAUUGGAUAUAAGCACGAAAAUAAGUUGAAAUGAAAUGAAAUGAAAACCACAUGUUCGUUGGCGGAUAAUAUACAUUUAUCUGUAGUACUACAAGAAUAUCAGUAGUUGUAACUGGCAAAGUUGGAAAUUAAGAGACCACCAUUAGUUAGGGUUGGUCAUCGUGAAAAGUUUCUUAUUUUUGUGAUAUAAAAGUUGUUAAUACAUUGCUGAUUGCUGAUUGCAACACAAAAUUUCGAUGUUUAGAAUGAUUAGGUAACUUUGAUGGGACCCCUACCAUCUCUCUGUUAGUGCAUCUUCUGUGGAUCCAACAUGCGGGCUUUUGUUUAGAUUUUAAUUAGUACUUCAAUUUUAAGUAAGUUAACGAGAAAUAGCCCAAUGGGCCUGCUGACGAGGAUCGAUCCUAGAUCGGCCACAUAUCAGGCAAACGGUUUACCACUAGGCUUCAUCCCGCCCCUACAAUUGUUAAAAAGUUCAUUCAAAAGUUACUUCCUGCUGUUUUGAAGGAGUAGCCUAGGACAAAGGCACCUGAAGCUGCCAGCAACUGAGGGUGCCUGCUAUAUAUUUGUUUUUUUAUCACGGGGUGUAGGGGUGAAUAUAUGUAUGUCAUAAUAUGGUUUUCUACAACUAGACUUUUCUUAAUAAGGUCUCCACAAAUGCUGGACAUUAAUUUUUGUGUGUUGUUAAAAUAAUGUUUUGUACCCAUCAUUCCAUCAGAAUUUUACCUGUAUCAUACAAUAACAGCUUACAUGGUAACCCUUUUCACAUUCUGAGAGUUAAUUAGCUUAUCAUGUAUGUAACAAACAAAGGACUACUAGAUUUUUUGUUGUAACAAAAUGUAAUUUGAAAACAAAUAUAUGAUUAGGAGCAAACAAAACUGGUUGAAAUAUAAAUGUUGUGGACCAAAAAACUUUUUUUUUUCAAUACUCAAAUUUUUCUUCACUUAUAAUGAUAUGAAAGUUUAUAUAAGAAUUGUUUUUAGGUGUUUUUUUUUUAAUUUAUCGAUUUAUAAGAGUCACAUAUUGUAUAAAAUUGUGUAGUGUAUUGAAGUGAUUUUAUUUUUGUUACUGUUAUACAUCGAUACAUUCACAACAAAAUGACAAGCAAUUUUUAUAAUUACAAACAACACAUUUUAUUUAGUUAAAAAUACACAUAAUUCAUAAAUCAGUUUUUACAUCCCAUUUGAUGUAAUGAUGUAAUUUUCUGAGGUUUAUUGAAAGAUAACAUUACGUUUUUCUGCAACGUCAUCCAAUCAGAAUAGAGUAAAUUGUAUAAUGGCUGGAAGUUUGUAAUUAUAAUUAAAUACAUAUAAUUUAAAGUAUUUUAUUUCUGAAAUAUUAAGAGACAGUUUUAUAUAUAGAGAGAGGAUACUCCCCUCGUGUCUUGUGAUAUGAUAAUUUAUCAGCAC